AUGCUAACAUAUUUUGUACCAAAUCAUCUGGGUAUUGGUCAUAUUACUCGUGACGAAGCAAAAGAUCAUAACACUGCUUACACAAAGGAUGGCACCUACUUUUACUGUGGUAAGAGUAGUGCUAAUACGGUUAACAGAUCUAUGUAUUCUGGUCAAGAGAAAAGAUGUUUAAUCAAGUUCAUGUCACUAGUCUCACCAACUGAUUAUAUUCUUGAUACAAUUGGACCAUUUCGUGGAACAAUGAACGAUGCGUCGAUAGCAGAAAGAAUUUUGCAAACAAAUAACGAACUUGUGGCAUGGUCUGAUGGCUCUGGUCAAAUGAUGUUGGACAGAGGUUUUCGUGACGUUGCUGUUCGUAUAGUAUCUGCUGCAUUGAACGUCAACCGUGGCCCUAUUGUGGAUAAUCUUAACUCGAAUUAUCAUCAGCGACUUGCUCAAUUGAUGAGAGAUCGUCUUUUACAACAAAACACUCUGCUCGCACAGAUCGAAGCUGGCACGCUCCCGUUGGACAAGCAAAAUUGA